CAAUUGACCGAUUAUUAUGAGAUCCUAGAGAUUUCACCGUCGGCAUCGUCAGAAGAAAUUAAAAAAGCUUACAGGAAAUUAGCUUUAAAAUAUCAUCCAGACAAAAACACAAGUUCUGUAACGACCGAUCAAAGUAAAAUAAAUGCACGUUUUGUUUUAAUCAACGAGGCCUAUAGCAUUCUUGGGAAUGAGGAAUGUAGGAAGCUAUACGAGGAAUUACGUCGCACGGGCAAAUCGUAUUCCCAACUCAAAUAUUCUGGUGAAGAGUAUGAAUACCAUCGUGAGAUGCAAAAAAUACACACGUUGUAUCGUGAAAUUAUGGCGCACAAAGAACAAAUUUUAGAACUAUCAACCGCCUUUUUGAAAUCUGCGGCGUCUCUUGGCUGGAUUUCUUCCAGACAUGAUUCCGAAGGAAGGGAAGAACUUUUUAAUGCAUAUGAGAAAGAGAUUUCAUCGAUCGAAUCAAGCAUCCUUAUAGGAUCAAAUCGAUCCCUCGAUUAUGAAAGUUCACAACACGACGAAAUUACCUUCGAAUAUGUUCCUGAAGAUGACGUCAUAAAGCCGCGACCAUAG